AUGCCCAAAACACCGUUCACGGUUCUACUCGCCGUAUUGGUCGCAUCCGAGGACGGUCCGCCCUCGUUUCGCCAUUUCGCCAUGACCGUGGAUCCAGCAGACAGAGCCGUUGUGCCGAGCAGACGAGCAGUCUCGCAGGUGGAUGUCUGUCGACUGGUGUUGGAGAAGGAUGCCCGUGGCAAAGGAGUCCUUGCGCAGCCAGCCGACUUGUUGAUAUGCUGUGAGUUCGAGCCGAAUGCCAGCGACAGCUUUGAGAGGCUCAGAUUCACGGGCCACUUGUGA